UGUCCUUCUGCUCUGCUUGCAACAGAAGGACGCGAUGACCUUGCCGCUGCACUACUGGCUUGUGUCGUCGGGGGUCCGUUCUUUUUUGCAUCCUCCGGUCUUCUGACCCUAACCCUAUUCCAACUACCAUGACGUUAUCUGCCAGUGAUCUAUUUUCGGGCCGAUCGUUAUGUACAUGCUGUCGCUGAUGCUCAAUUGACAAACACUCUUAUGCUUCUCAUCAUUCCCCGAGCACCGGCGGCUCGGCGGACCGAUUGUUUCUCAGAGGGUCCGCUUGGGAGGGUCACCUGGUCUGCGCAGCUGACGUGCGCGCUCUCAGCCCCCGCGAGGAUCAGCAGUGUCCAUCAGAUGCGCGCUGCAGCAGCAGGUGACCGACUGUCUAUAAAGGUGCCAGCGGCCAGCAGCAGUGCCUCUCGUUUCCCCGCACGCGUCUCGAGAUGGGAGGAUUCUGGAGCAUCGCGCUCGUGUUGUCUGUAGUGCUAUCGCUCGCAGCUAAUCUUCAAGUGUAUGCGCUUCUGAACCCGAUCCUACCCGGCUGGAAUCCCGACCCCAGCAUCGUGCGAGUGGGAAAAGACUACUUUGUCGUCACCUCGACGUUCGAAUACUUCCCGGGGCACCCCAUCUACCACAGCACCGAUCUCGUGUCCUGGAAGCUCAUCGGGCACGGACUCAAUCGGGCCUCACAACUGAGUUUAUUUGGGACUCCGACGGACGCAGGGAUCUGGGGUCCUGCCCUUCGAUACCACGAGCGCACAAAAACCUUCUACCUUGUUUCGACUGCCCGAUAUGCCUACACCGCCGAGUACCGACUGUUCCCUCGCUCGUUUUACGUGCAUACGCAGGACAUCUUCGCGGACAGCUGGAGCGAUCCCGUCUAUUUUGACGCCCUUGGGUAUGACACAGACCUCUUCUGGGACACGAACGGCGAUGUCUACGCGACAUGGUCAGGCAUCAAUGAUGCGGUCCACAAAAUCUACAGCAUCUACCAGAACAAAAUCGACAUUGAAACCGGCAACUCGCUAACGCCGGCUGAGAUCAUCUUCACUGGAACGCUGCCGCACAAUUCGUCUGCCCGGCCGGAGGGACCGCACGUCUUCCACAUCAACUCGACGUACUACCUGCUCAUCGCAGAGGGCGGCUCGGGACCCGCACAUCAGUCCACCAUCCAGCGCGGACCCUCUCCGUCGGGGCCGUGGGAGAACAAUCCCGCGAACCCGAUCCUGUUCAACGGCGCCAAUCUAUCGCUCCCCGUGCAACAAACGGGCCAUUCUGAUUUCGUUCAGGCGCCGGAUGGGUCUUGGUGGGGUGUGGCCCUCGGGAUCCGCCCGCAAGGCGGCAAUUUCGCCCGUGCCCAGCUCGGCCGCGAAACGUUCCUUUUCCCGAUCACGUGGAAGGAUGGGUGGCCGGUUGUAUACGACGGACAGCCCAUCAGCGAGCACAUGCCCGGUGUGCUGCACGACAAAUCGCCGCUGACGGGAUACUUCAACGACUUCACCGCGGGGGCGCUCGAUCUCUCGUUCUACUUUCUCCGGACGCCGUACAAGAAAUUCCACUCGCUGACGGCCCGCCGCGGGUUCCUGCGGCUCAACGGCAACUCUUAUGCGCUCGGGGACCGCGACACGCCGGCGCUGCUGCUGCGCAAGCAGACGAGCUACACGGAGGUGUUCGAGACCGAGAUGGAGUUCAGCCCGGCGACGAAUCUGACGGAGGCAGGCGUGACCAUCUUCUACAGCGACCAGCUGCACGACGAUAUCGGGAUCGUCGGCGAUGGGGCCGGCGGGCGGAGCGUGGUCACGAGGAUGAACGCGCAGGCAUCGCAGGUGGGUCCGUGGGGCCUUGUUUACACCAAUGCGACGAUCACCACGGUCAACUAUCAUCCGCUCACGACCAAGAGUGGUCCCGUCCGUUUCAAAAUCGUCGCAAACUCGACGGGCUACGCUCUGGGCUACUCAGAAGAUGCGCAAGGAGAGUUUGUUUUCCCUCUGACCAUCGACUCGGAGCUGCUCACUGUGCCACCGGCGGGAGGAUUCUUCUUCAAGGGCGCCGCAUUUGGCAUCUACAACACGGGAAACGGAAAACCAUGCCUCUCUCCUGCCGAUUUCGCGUACUGGAACCAGACACCAGUUGUACAGUAGUAGUCAGUCAGUCACUGAUAAACUCGACGGAAUGCGAUUGCAGAGAGAAAGUGCACAAUAGGGUAUUACAACAACGGUGGAUACAUUAGGGACAAGUCAAUUCUGGCCAGAUUCCGGGAGCUUAGUAGGUGGCAGCUCCUCGCCUUCUCCGACCGUAUCGCCUUCCGCUGCGACGAGAUCCACAGCAUCGGCAGCAUACUAAAGAGAAGAGUGAAAAAGGUCCGAAUCAGUCGAAGGCAGCUGAUAACGCAGAAGAAGACGUACUGAUAUCCGUGAUAACAUCGAAAAUGGUGACGAUGACCGUGGUGAUCGCGCCGACGAUCGUCUCGAGGACGGCGGCAAUGGCGCUGAUGAUGGCAUUGAUUCCACGGCCGAUAGCAGAAAAUACAGAGCCCUGAGACGCGUCGCGGGUCAGCCAUCACUGUCUAGUUCGGUUCUGCAGCUUUGGAGUGGACGCACCAUGAUGAUGGUUUGUUCGUGAGAAGUCAAGUGGUUGUUAAAGUGAAGUCGUGAGUCGUUAGGU